CGAAUACGUAUUAUUGACUUCUAUGACACAGAUAGCAAAAACUUGCCCCAUUUUGGCCACUUUCUGACUUCUUAGUCUUACGUUGCCGACAUUACCAUCCUGCUUCUUAUCAUACUAGAUUAUACGCACGAACUAUCAUUUCGUUCGUGGGUGUCACACAUGACUGUUCAAAUAAAAUAGGAUGUGAACGAAAACUAGAUAUCCCGUGUUUACUUACGUUGCAAUUCACUGUACAUUCUGUAUGAGUACUCCGUAACAGCUGUAGGCCUAACGAGAAAUCUUAAUUCCGGAUCGUUUCCAAGGUCAAAUUAAGGAGCACAAUAAACAUCGUGUAUAGAACAGUGCAAAUGCGUUGAAUGACUAGUCAUUCUUCUUACAACACGAUGGCAAAAGAACAGGAUCCUUAUUUACGUCACUUGUUCGAUGGGACAGAUCUCAAUGUUUACGACCAUAAUGUUAUGAAUUUAUCAGCUGGUGCACCAGGUCCUGAUCUUUUGCAGCUGUGUGUUAAUUUAUUUCAGGAAGCAACUCGCCAUUGCUUGGAAAAAGAAAAAGAAAAGGCAUACCUUUUCCAGUAUGGAAUUGCACCUGGAAUGUGGGAAUUUCGGGAGGAAUUGGCCAAAUUUCUUUCAAAACAAUACGGAGAACCUGUUCUCAGAGAACUGUUGGUUCAGACUUGUGGAGCUACACAUGGGUUGCAACUUGCGAUGAUAGAAUUCCUGUGGCCAGAUUCAAUAAUUUUUGUAGAAGAUGCUACAUAUAUGCUUGCUUUGCAAGCUUUUCAAAAAUACCCCCAUAUGAAGAUUGUCACAGUUCCUAUCACUGACAGUGGUCUUGAUGCCGAAGCCUUGGAAAAAAUUGUUUCAGAAGAAUAUACUAAAAGACAAUGGAAUUUGACUGAAGAAAGACCAUUUUGGGCCAUGCUGUAUACUAUUCCAGUUUUUCAUAAUCCAACAGGAACAACAAUGAAAGAAAGUAAAAGCUCUCUUCUCAUAUCAGUACAAAAAUAUAUUGCACAUCUUUUAACUAAUUAC